AGGUAUCACAUACAAAUCUAUAUUAUAUUGUUUUGUCCUUGUUAGUUGUUGAUUAAAUAACUACGAAUUAUCAAGGAAUAGAAUAUGUCUUAACUUUUAAUUUCUUAAAAAGUGUUCCGAAUCGAACCUCGGUUCAUACACAUAUAAAUGCGAUAUUCGUAUAAACUGAGCUAAGCUCACAGAACAAGAUUCUAGUUUCAAUUUUAAAACAAAACAAACACAAAUAUUUACAAAAAAAUUACUUAAAUUAAAACAAUUUUUUAUUUUUAUUUUUAAAUUAUAACACUUCUCAUUCUCCCUAAUCUCCCCCUUCCUUCGCCCCGGCGCCGUGCCACCUUCAAUCAAGCCUCAUCUCGCCUCUCUAUCAUCUCCGGCUCGACUCAAACCUCCUAUUUCCAAGUUUCUUCCUUCCCACUUGCAUUCACAACUUCUUCCAAACCCUAGUUCUUACUUCUUCCCGCCACAUCAAAACAAAGAAUCAUAUCAUAGUAUACAAAAGAAAAAUCAAAUGGAUGAACAUGGAAUGGAAGGUACCCAAUCUGUGAAACCUACCAUUAUAAAUAUUGUGUCAACUGUCAAUUUGGACUGUAAGUUGGACCUUCAAUCCAUUAAGCUUAAAGCUCCUACUGCAGAGUACAAUCCCCAGCGGCAUCCUUCUGUGAGUAUGAGGAUCAGGGCACCAGAAUCAAAAGCACAAAUCAGUUCUUCAGGAGUGAUGGUCUGUACUGGAGGUAGGAGUGACAGCCAGUCAAAACUGGCGGCAAGUAAGUAUGCAACAAUUAUCCGGAAGAUGGGCUUCCCAGCUAAAUUUAAGGAUUUUAAGAUUCAGGAAAUUGUUGGCUCUUGUGAUGUCAACUUCCCCAUACGCCUCGAGCGUCUUGCUAAUGUCCAUGCCAAUUGCUCUAGUUAUAAUCCAGAGUCGUUUCCAUGGCUAACCUAUCAAAUGAAGGAACCGAAGACAAUCUUAUAUAUAUUUGAGUCCGGAAAAGUUUACCUGAAAGGAACCAAGUCGAAAGAUGAGAUUUACACGGCCUUUAAGAACAUAUAUCCAGUGCUCACUGAGUUCAGGAAAAACAAACAAUGAUCAUCGUCAAGAGCAAGGUUUUCUGGCUGAGAAGGUUGUCUCUGGUGUGAGCUUGAUCGAGCUGUAGUUUGAGAUUGUAGAUAUUCGGAAUUUUGAGAUGAGCUAAUCCCUUUUUUUUCUUUCUUUGUGAGAAGAGUAGAAACAACCAUGUUCUCAAAAAAUUAGAUGGUAGAAAGGACCAUAUUAGAUGGAUUCAUAGUGUGUGAUGAGUUGACUAUGAUUUGUAUAACCCCCCUGCAAAUAGGAAAACGAUUUUCCCGUUUUAAAAAGUUUUCAGAUUGCAAGGGAAAUAUGAAUUAUUGAUUAUAUUAUUUCGUUUUAUUUUUUCUCUUAAAAA